CCUCAGGAUACAGAAAUCCUUCUCCUCCACGCCGCAACCCCCACUCCGGGCUGGACAGGCACCCUUAUCUCUUGCGGGCUGCUCCCUUGGAGCGGCACCGCUGCUCCCGAGGGAGCGCACCCCGUAGCCGGGUGCAGAGAGUGCUUGGUCGGCCUGUCCUUUCGGACGGGCUCAGCCCCGGCGACUCUCUAGGGUGUCUGCCCAAACCAAUGUCUCCCCCUAAUUCCUAUCAUCCUUCCGGCUCUGAAAUGGUCUCUUCAGACCGCAAGGGCCUAACCCAACAAAACAACAUCAUUGCGUAUAGUCUUGGCGCUAGCUAGCCUCGGCGAAUUUCCUGGUUUCGGUUCUCUGGGCAAGGGCAAGCCACGCCAUGUGUGGAUCGCCCAUGAUCGUAAAUACCGUGGUAAAUACAAUACAAUACGGUUCUCUGGCAAGCCACGCCAUGUGCGGAUCGCCCAUGAUCGUAAAUACAAUACAAUACAAUACAAUACAAUGCAAGGUGGAAGCAAGUAAAACGUCACUCAAGACGUCACUAACGCAUUGGCCAAUCGGUAUUGGUUACUGUCGCCGCGGCGGGUUGUCAAUGAACCGUUGCCGCUGUUCACGAACAGGGGCUUGUGCCUGCCCGUAAAGAACGAUCCUAACUCAAGGCCCUAAACUUGACACUCCGCUUCUCUUGGUUUGUUAUUAUUUGUUUGUACCUUAUUGUUAUUACAUAGCAGCCCAUAAGAGAAGUUUCACUUUGUGUAGUAACUUACCAAAGGUUGCAUCUUAUCCAUUUGGCCUGCUAUAUGCAUGAGAUGAUUGUGAUAAGCUUUCAGUGAGACACCUUUGAUCACUUUACGAGAGGUCAAGCACAAGAUUCUUCAAGAUAGUCAAGCCUGGUCAAGCAUUGGAGUAGCUCAGCUCAAAGAAGAGCCCAAAGGCAACAUUUCAAGCUAGUCAUGCGAUUGACAUGGUGUUCGCGAAGAUUGCUCCUUGGUGGCUUUCAGUUUUCUUGCAGGACCUUAUCACAAGCGGCGAGAGCUGAGCCGGCGCCGUCGGCGGGCCAGGCCGGCCCGUGGCACCUGUACACGGCCGUGUGCCUGCAGCGGCUGCCGGUGGUGGCGCCGCCGCUCAGCGACACGGAGCGCCGCUUCGCCGCCCUGCUGCGACAGCUCGAGUUCGAGCGCAGCCUCAAGUCCUCUCACGAGAUUCGCCACGAGAUGGACAUCGCCACGGCCGAGGCGCUGCGGGCCUCCGAGGGCGACGACCCCGACCUGGCCGAGGCGGCCAGCCUGCAGACGGCCGCCGACUUCGAGGACGCCUGCGCCGAGGAGCUGGCCGGCUUCGAGCCGGCGCCCACCGUCACAGAGGCGGACCGGACCGCCGACCAGCGCUCCCUGCAGAGGCGGCUGUCCAGUCGGCUGGUGCUGGUGGUGCAGCAGCGGCUCGGCGCGGGCACCAGCUGGAUGCUGCCGCAGGGCCGCCACCAGGACGGCGCCACACUCAGACAGACGGCUGAGCAGACCCUGGACGCCAUGGUAGGACCCAACGUGAACGCGCAGUUUCUGGGCAACGCGCCGUGGGGUUUCUACAAGUACAAGUACCCGAAGCCGCUGCAGCAGGAAUCGGGUGCCGUCGGCGGCAAGGUGUUUUUCUACAAGGCGGUGCUGCGCGGCGGCUCGGUGGAGCCGGUGGCCGACCGGGUGGCCGACCACCGCUGGCUGACGGCGGCCGAGCUGGGCGGUCAGCUGCGCUCCGGGUACCGGCGGGCCGUGCACCGGCUGCUUAUAGACCACGACUGAGGGCCGGCCGCCGGCUCCCAUAGACCGCGACUGAGGGCCGGCCGCCGGCUCCCAUAGACCGCGACUGAGGGCCGGCCGCCAGCUCCCAUAGACCACGACUGAGGGCCGGCCGCCGGCUCCCAUAGACCGCGACUGAGGGCCGGCCGCCAGCUCCCAUAGACCACGACUGAGGGCCGGCCGCCGGCUCCCAUAGACCGCGACUGAGGGCCGGCCGCCGGCUCCCAUAGACCGUGACUGAGGGCCGUGCACCGGCUCCCAUAGACCGCGACUGAGGGCCGGCCGCCGGCUCCCAUAGACCGCGACUGAGGGCCGGUUGCUCAUAGACCACGAUUGCUGGUACUCGCCUGCGGCGCUAACUGGGGGCAUCCCAGUCGAGCGUUAUCCAGUGGAGUGUCAGCACCAACCUCCUGUGUUUGGGUGUGUGUGUUUUACGCGUGCAGACUGCGCCGUCAUGACGGAUAAAUGUUCCGUGUGUCAUAAAUGUGUCGUGUGUUAAACCUUGUUUCUCGUCUUUGACAAGAAAAUGUUGAAAUACCUACGAGCGUGAAUCAUAUUUGCUUUUAAUGCAACAACGGGAUAACAGGCUACUAAGAAAUGUGCUCAUUUUCAGUGUCCGCGAUUUCGAUUUGAGUGUACUGGUGGGCCUCUGAAACCUCUGAAUCCAGCCGAUCCAAUGCAUCCAGUCAUUGCUUCUUCCUGGGCUGAGGGCUGGUUCAGUAUUUCCUGAAAUUGUCCGUCAGCUCUUACUGUAUCCAUCGGCAGACGACCGGACCGGGAAGACCGAAACUUGCCCUCAGUUACGACAAUGGAGCGUUGAAAGUCGUUUUCCCCGGCUCUACACGGCUGCAGAUUUUCACAGCACCAUGUCUGUUCGCAUUGACUGGUGCUAUUGGUUGAGCCUACUCCGCUCAUCUGUCACGUACUACGCAGCCGACGUGACUUUGUAAAUCAUCUGUGGGACGAAUAGAAUGUGCUGAGAAUCUACGGUGACAUGGUUAGGAGGAGACAGACAUGUGUCAUUCAUGACAAUAUGGAUAUAUUAAAGGAC